GAUUAUCUUUUGUAUUUUUCUAAGUUUGCAUUAAGAAAAUAAUCUAAAGUAAUGCCGACACUGGAUUUAAAAUCAUGCUUGAGAAGGGCUUUUAAAUACCAAAGCACUGCCACAUCCAGAGUCACAGAGGCUGAAUCUUGGCUAAGAUCGUCCCACCUCAUCAAUAAACACUGAACUGCACUCCACCCUGUCCCUCUCGACACUGGCUUCAUGUUAGGUGCAGCUGCAGGCUCCGGUUACACCCUCUCCACCCUCUCAUUGUCCCACUGUAGCAUAGAGCAGACAGCUGCUGAUAAUCUUUGCACACAUUCUUCCAUCAGUCAGUUUGCUCCUAAAAGUCUGAGCAGUUAGAGCAAAAGAAUUCUCACCCAAAAUGUCCAUCCGGAGGUUUUGGAGUGCUCCUAAAACGCUGGGAGAUGUCAAUAUGGUGACAGAGGAGCUGAAGAAUCUUUACUACAAGAGGCUGCUGCAGAUUGAGAAAUACUACUCCUUCCAUCACUUUCACUCACCGAGCUACGAAGAUGCAGACUUUGACAACAAACCAAUGGUGCUGGUGAUGGGUCAGUACUCAACAGGAAAGACGACUUUCAUCAGGUAUCUCAUAGAGGAAGACUUUCCUGGCAGCAGAGUCGGGCCGGAGCCGACCACUGACUGCUUCACAGCUCUCAUGUAUGGAGAAAAGACACAAACCAUUCCUGGGAAUGCCAUAACAGUGGAUCCAAAAAUGCCCUUUCGCAACCUUGAUCCAUUUGGAAACUCGUUUCUGAACAGGUUUCAAUGUGUCCAGAUGCCAAAUCAAGUCCUUGAGAGUAUCAGCAUAAUCGACACACCUGGCAUCUUAACAGCUGCAAAAAGAAAACUUAGCCGAGGCUACGACUUCCCAGCCGUGCUUCGCUGGUUUGCAGAGCGUGUGGAUCGGAUCAUCCUGCUGUUUGACGCUCAUAAACUGGACUUCUCUGAUGAGCUCACCCGGGCCUUCGGGGCUCUGCACAGCUAUGAGGACAAGCUGCGUAUAGUUCUCAACAAAGCUGACAGGGUCGACUCGCAGCAGCUCAUGAGAGCGUACGGCGCCCUCAUGUGGUCACUGGGGAAAGUGUUCCGAACCCCUGAAAUCCUGCGCGUUUAUAUUGGAUCUUUCUGGUCGGAGCCGAGGCUGUCGUGCGAUCACUACCAGCUGAUCGAGCUGGAGGAGGAAGAUCUGCUGGCUGAUGUGAGGAACCUGCCACGCAAUGCUGCAGUGCGCAAGCUGAAUGACCUGGUGAAGAGAGCUCGCUUAGUCAGGGCUCAUGCACACAUCAUCGGCUAUCUGAAGCAGGAGAUGCCAACCAUUUUUUGCAAAGAAAGCAAGAAGCACAACCUAAUCUAUCAGCUUCCUGUGAUUUUCACCAAGAUCCAGCAGCAGCAUCGAGUCCCAGCUGGAGACUUCCCCGACUGCACAAAGAUGCAGGAGAAACUUCUGGGUCAGGACUUCUCAAAGUUCAAGACGCUGAAACCAAGCCUGAUGGCGUCUUUGGAUAAGCUUUUGUCCACAGAUGUAGCCAAGCUGGUCCCCUUACUCCAACUGCAGGAGGAGAAGAAGAAACCCCUCCCCAGCGUGCUGGAUGGAGAAUUUUUGGGAACAUUCAGGCGUGAGCAUUUCAGGCAAGAUCCCUUUAAGGAAAUCAGAGACGACGAGAGCAGCGAGGUGGAUUUUGAGGAGUGGGCCGUGGAGAAAUUUAAACCCAAAUACGACGAGAUUUUCUACAACCUGAGCCCCCGUGACGGCAAACUCAGCGGCACCAAAGUCAAGGAGUGGAUGACAACCACUCUUCUGCCAAAUUCUGUGCUCGCCCAUAUCUGGAGGCUAGCAGAUGUUGAUAAAGAUGGCAUGUUGGACAAUGAUGAGUUCGCUUUAGCAAUGCACCUUAUUGAGGGAAAGCUAGAGGGACACUGGCUCCCCAAAGAGCUUCCCUCUCAUCUGGUACCACCAUCCAAACGUCCAAACACGCCGAGUGAGGAAUCAGUUUAAUAUUUGUAGCCAAAAGGAUGAAUAUUUGAAGAAACCUCAUAUAACUUUUGCAAAAUGUUCUUCAUCUAAACAAUAUAUUUUACAUGCAUACUUAUUUUGUUACUAAUGUCACUAAAACAACAAUCAUGUUAGUAAAAUUCUUAUUUAUUCUCAUCUAUUAUGAGAACACAUUUUUUAUAUUUUAUUUUUAUUUUU